CUGCGCAGCUCCUGUGCGCACACACACACACCAGCAGCACACUGGCAUUUCAGAGGAGGCCAGGCACACACAACUGAAAGAAAAGUACUCUGCUCAGCCCGGCAGCGGCUCCCAGACCCCCGGCCCCCUCCGGCAUGGCUUCCGAAGAACUCUAUGAGGUUGAAAGAAUUGUCGACAAAAGGAAAAAUAAAAAGGGUAAAACUGAAUAUCUGGUGCACUGGAAAGGAUAUGAUAGUGGCGAUGACACCUGGGAACCAGAACAACAUUUAGUGAACUGUGAGCAAUACAUCCUUGAAUUUAACAGGAGACACAAUGAAAAGCUAAAAGACGGUGGCACAAUUACAAAGGCAAAUAGAACAUCUCCAAAUAAUGCCAGAAAACAAAUCUCCAGAUCAACUAAUAGCUCUAUUUCAAGAACUUCUCCAAAAUCAUUAACUCUUAGUAAGGACAGUGAAUCUAGAAACACCUCACUUUCUACUAGUCCAAAAUUACGGAAAAGUCCUCAAGUAAUUCCAGUCAGGAAAAAUAUGGACCUCUCUCGGUCAUCUAUUAAAAUACUUGUACCUAAAAGUCCAAUAAAAAAUAGGAAUUCAGUAGAUGGAUUUGAGAGUGAGUCGGGAGAAAAGCUAAAUCACAUUGAGCAAGAACAGGAUUCUGUUGCGCCUGAAGUAACUGCUGAGAAGCCAGUUGGUGCUUUAUUGGGACCUGGUGCAGAAAGGGCCCGAAUGGGAAGCAGACCAAGGCCCCCAUUACUAGUGCCACAAAUUCAGUUGCCAUUGACCGUUACAGCAUCAUCUGCUUUAGCAUUAAAUGGAAAAGGCACAUCUACCUUCAUGCAGGCAUUGACUGCAAAUGGUACCAGCAAUAUACAGACAUCGGUGGCAGGAGUAACAGGAAAGAGGAAGUUUAUUGAUGAACGAAGAGAACAGUCCUUUGAUAAAAGACUACGUUUCAGUGUAAGACAAACUGAGAGUGCUUAUCGAUACAGAGACAUUGUUGUGCGUAAACAGGAUGGAUUCACACAUAUAUUACUUUCUACAAAGUCAUCUGAGAAUAAUUCCCUGAAUCCAGAGGUAAUGAAGGAAGUCCAGGGUGCCCUAGCAACAGCAGCUGCAGAUGACAGCAAGCUAGUUCUUUUCAGUGCAGUUGGAAGUGUGUUUUGUUGUGGUAUUGAUUUUAUUUAUUUUAUUAGACGCUUGACAGAUGAUCGGAAAAGAGAGAGCACUAAAAUGGCUGAUGCAAUAAGGAUGUUUGUAAGUACUUUUAUACAGUUUAAGAAACCCAUAAUUGUUGCUGUAAAUGGACCUGCCAUUGGACUUGGUGCAUCUAUAUUACCUCUCUGUGAUGUUAUUUGGGCAAAUGAGAAAGCUUGGUUUCAAACACCUUAUACUACUUUUGGACAGAGCCCAGACGGCUGUUCAUCACUUCUGUUCCCUAAAAUAAUGGGUAUUGCAUCUGCAAAUGAGAUGUUACUUAGUGGAAGAAAAUUAACUGCACAAGAAGCAUGUGCAAAAGGACUUGUUUCUCAGGUAUUCUGGCCUGGGACUUUCACACAAGAAGUCAUGGUUCGCAUUAGAGAACUUGUAGCCUGCAAUCCAGUGGUACUUGAAGAAUCCAAAGCUUUAGUCCGUAAUGUCAUGCGUGAAGAUUUAGAACAGACGAAUGAAAGAGAAUGCGAAGUGCUAAAAAAGAUUUGGGGAUCUGCUCAAGGAAUGGACUCCAUGUUAAAAUAUUUGCAAAGGAAAAUCGAUGAAUUCUAAAAAAAAAAAAAAGAAUGUAUGUUUUACAAAGAAGCCUUGAAACACUUUCAGGAACAUCUUUUUAUGAUGCUCUAAAUUUAUUUAAAACUUUGUUUCUCUUUUUGAACAAAUAUC